CCGAGGGGCUGGACAGCGACCGAGAGCGCCUCAUCGCGGCUUUUCCGCGCCGUGACCGGACCCAGAUUGACCCCAGCGCCUUUGCUCACCAAUUCUCCACCAAUUCCCAGUCCUUGGAGCUGAAGCCAGACACUUCCCAGUACCCUAGACGGUUACCAAUCGCUUUUUGGUCCUUCGCAGUCGUUAGCGCCCUUUUUCCUGUCUCGCUGAUGCACUGAGGCCACGUUCUACACCUCCCGCCCCCGCCCGGGCCAUUGCCGACCAAUCUUGACUCCCUAGGGUCGUUACUGCCACUUCACAGGCUGCCAGAGCCUUCUCUGGUGACAUCCCAAUAGCUGCCCUACCCCAGGGCCAUUACCAGCCUCUUCAGGACCUUUCAGAGGGCCAAGGCACUGAUAUCUGAACAGGAAGCUUCAAAACUUUUAAAAGAACCUCCAGAAUGGUUUUGAACCAGACAAGCUAGAAAUCACCCCAGAACUCCACCUUCAGCAUGCACCUCCCUUUUUGGGCUUUCCUGGCAAGGAGUUUUUUGAAGAGGUUAUUCUGUAGAGAUCCAGAGAGCUGAUGCUCACAGAACCAAAUUAGUGGAUCUGACUUUUCUGUUAGAAUUCUCUUGUUUUAUUAUAUUCGCUCCCAGAGUUCUAAGAGGUGUAGAGGUAUUCAUGGAACUGAAGAACCUGCAAGGAGGGAAGUAGAACUUUCAUGCUGAAUAAAAACUAAGCAAGUGACAGUUGUGACUGAAAAUACUUAAACCUCCCACAUCCGGGUUUAUUGGAUCAGGAACACAGAGAAACGGUCACUGCUGGGGAGAAAGAACCCAUAACUGGAAAAGAAAACCCAAAUAAAGAGAAUGAGGGUGACCAGAAAGUAAAUGGCCACCUCCAGCUCAAGAGAAACGAAGUCAGCCUCCUGGUGGAAUUAUUUUUUUCUUUAUGAUGGUUCAAAGGUAAAGGAAGAAGGAGAUCCAACAAGAGCUGGCAUUUGUUAUUUUUAUCCUUCCCAGACCCUGCUUGAUCAACAGGAGUUGCUUUGUGGACAGAUUGCUGGAGCCGUCCACUGUAUUUCUGACAUCUCUGGCUCUCCUCCCACUCUCAUUCGUCUACGGAAACUUAAGUUCGCCAUAACGGUUGAUGGAGAUUACCUUUGGGUGCUGGGCUGUUCUCUGGAGCUCCCUGAUGUCAGCUGCCAGCAGUUUCUAGGUCAGCUGAUUGGAUUCUUUAAUUUUUACAAUGGACCUGUUUCUCUGGCUUACAAGAACUGCUCUCAGGAAGACCUGAGCGCCGAAUGGGACACCUUCAUUGAACAAAUUCUGAAAAACACCAGUGAUCUGCAUAAGAUAUUCACUUCCCUCUGGAACUUGGACCGAACUAAAGUGGAGCCCCUCCUCUUGCUGAAGGCAGCCCUCAUCUUACAGACCUGCCAGCGCUCCCCUCACAUUCUAGCUGGCUGCAUCCUCUAUAAAGGACUGAUUGUUAGCACCCAGCUUCCACCCUCCCUUACAGCCAAGGUCCUGCUUCAUCGAGCUGCACCUCGGGACCAGAGAAUACCUACAGGAGGGGAUGCCCUGCAGGAACGUGGAGUAGCUCUCCCCCCAAAUGUCCACAUCAUGCCUGUUUUUGUGACGGAAGAGGAAGCCAUCAGUCUCCAUGAGUUCCCAGGGGAGCAGAUGACUAGCUCUCCUGCAUCUCCAGCCAGACUCCAGAAGCCCUCGGCCCGACACCCUCCAAAGGGUGCACUGGAAGAAGACACCAGCAGGCAUGAGGAAUCCAUGGCCUGGACAUGGGCGACCACCCCGGAGUCCAGGCCCCCUGACGGAGGUUGGCCAGAUGGCACUGGAGAGAAUGGACCCUUUUCUAAUUGUGAUCUAGAGAGCAUCCAGCCUGCAAAACUACACAGCACUGCCAGUGACGAGGAUUCUGGUCUCAGCUGCUCCCAGGUGAAGGAACUUGGUUUGCCCAGGGGGAAAGAGGAACUGGACUUGUCUGAAAUUCACAUUCCGGAAGCUCAGGAAAUGGGAACGUCCCCAGGUUAUUUUGCCUUCCCGAGUGCACGUGUCCCAGAUGGCGACGGUCUUCGUUGCAAGGAAUCUGUCAGCGACUCUGGCAACCUGGAGCCCAAGUUGUCUGAGGCCCCGCCUGUGGGCACAGCCAUCAGUGGCAGCCUCCCUCCUUCCACUCCUGACAUGCUCACCCAGAAUGGAGCCCUAGAGCAGCAAGGAGACCUUCCUGGGGACAGCAGCCAAGCCCUCAUUCCCAGGGAAGACUUCCUCCCCAGUAGGACAAGUGGGCCAUUGUCACCGCCUCGCCUAGGUUCGAGGCAGAGAGGAACUAAGCUUCUUGUGAGGGAACAAGGCGUGGACCAGUGUGUGGAUGGGGUUCAUGAGAACCGCUCAGCCCCUGGCCCAGAAUGCCACUCAGGCUCCGCAGACUCUCCGGGCGACGGCCCCUGUACAGACAGCACUGACUCCACGUUGACCUCAGCAUCCUAUGGAGGACUCGUGCGCAUGAACCUCUACACUCACAGUGUCAAAGGGCUGCUGCUGUCCCUGCUGGCUGAGGACCCGCUGCUGGGAGACAGUGCAGCCAUCGAGGAGGUGUACCACAGUAGCCUGGCAUCCCUGAACGGGCUGGAGGUCCACCUGAAAGAGACGCUGCCCAAAGACGAGGCUGCCGCCUCCGGCAGAACGUACAACUUCACGCAUUACGACCGCAUUCAGAACGUGCUGACAGCAAACCUGCCACAGGUGGCCACACACCAGGAUCGCCGCUUCCUCCAGGCUGUCAGCCUGAUGCAUUCUGACUUUGCCCAGCUGCCCUCACUGUAUGAGAUGACCGUCAGAAAUGCCUCCACAGCUGUGUACGCCUGUUGCAACCCUGUCCAGGAAACCUAUUUCCAGCAGCUGACAUCGGCCACGCGGAGCUCUGGCUUCCCAAGUCCCCAGGACAGUGCCUUCAGCCUCCCAGGCAAAGCCAAGCAGAAGCUGCUGAAGCACGGGGUGAACUUACUUUGAACUGGGCUGCAGUGGGAAGGUCAUCAGCCCUGGAGACGACUAUCAAAUCGAACACCAGCAAAGGAAGCUCUGUCAUUUUUAAAUGAGAAAAGCCCUUCUAUUUUAUUUUCCUGGGAAUAUUCUCUUUUUCAGGAAUGUAAUGGUGUUUGAGUGUUUGGUACACCAUUUGCGGAUUGGGGUGUGAGGGGGCAGUUCUUCAGGUCCACAGACCUAGAGUGUGUAAUAAAGACUUGUGACACUGGCAGCGUUGGGGCAGGACAGCACUCUGGCUCCUUCUACCGAAGGGGUACGAGGCCAGUUAGUUUCCUGAGGCACCUGACAUCUCCAGCUGCUGUCGCAUCUUAGCCUUACCUUGUACCACACAAAUUCAUGGUGGCAUUUUUUGUAGAACCUAAUUAUCUCUAGUCUAGUGUUUGUGCAGCCCUGUGUCCAGGAGGAGGUACGAGGUGUGACUGCACAGUGAGGAGAUGGGCUUGUUACCCAGCAGACUGGAACACCCACUCUCAGGUGGUUGUUGGCGUGGGUCUCCCGGGUGGGCUGGAUACUUAAUGCUGGGAACAGUCAGGGAGGCUGGAACCACCUUGUUGGGAUUCUGGAACUGGAUUCAACACCAGGAGCCUAUUCUUUGAAAUACCUGCAGUGGGAGCAAAUCUUGAUAACAUGGAAAGGAGUUGGGAGUUUAGUGAUCACCAGAAGCCCUGGAGCAUUGGGUGGUAACAGGCCAGGCUGUGUGCCCUUGGUUAGAAAUGGGCUGCGCAGCUGGUUUCUCUUGAGCGUGUCCCCAAAUGGAAAUUUCCAAAAUGUUUUGGGGCAAAGGCAGAACUGUGUUUUUCAGCAGUAGCUUUGUGCAAGGGAACCACAUUCCUUUGUGUGUUUCUGAGCUGGUGUAGUUACACCAGUUCUAUGACAUUACAGUCAGACAUGUCAGAAUAAUACGGUACGGACCACAGAAUGAAAAUAUUUACCAAAAUCUUAACUGAACGUUUUGCUGCAAGUACUGAGAUUUCAUUUGAAUACCACAAUGUUAAUAAUUCAAUGUCAGUGAACAAAUAUGUUUAUGACAUGGUCUUUUUCUUGAAAAAAGUUUCCAAGGACUAAAAUAAAAUAGCCAAAAAUGCUACUGA